AUGGGCGUGAUCACUUACGAUACGCAGGUCACUUCCUCAAUCCCUCCCGCCAGGUUGUUCAAGGCCUUUGUCCUUGAUGGUGACCACCUCAUGCCCAAACUCAUGCCUAGCAUUAUCAAGAGUGUUGAAAUCCUGCAAGGAGAUGGAGGGCCUGGAACCAUCAAACUCACUAGCUUUGGUGAAGGAAGCCAAUUGAAGUGCCUGAAGCAAAGGGUUGAUGUGAUUGACAAGGAGAACUUAACCUACUGCUACAGUGUGAUUGAAGGUGAAGCUUUGAAGGGCGUGUUUGAAUCAAUUUCAUAUGAGAUCAAGUUCUUGUCCUCCCCAGAUGGAGGGACCAUAUGCAAGAACACCAGCAAAUACCACACCAAAGGUGAUGUCCAUAUCUCAGAAGAGGAAAUCAAGAAGGGCAAAGACAAGGCCUCUUCAAUGUUCAAGGUGGUGGAGGCUCACCUAUUGGCAAAUCCCGAUGCUUACAAUUGA